GAUUUCCGAAUUCUGAAAAUCCAACAAUUGAAGAUAAUUUUAUUUAUUUACUUUUUUUAUUAUUAGUUAUUAUCCAAUCGAUUCCCGUGUAGAAUCGUCACCGUUUCCAUGGCGAUCUCGCCGUCGAAGGCGAUGAACGGAGAGAGAGCCGUGGUUCUCAUCUUCGUUCUCCGUGUUUUGUUCUCUCUCCCACUCGCCCUCCUUCCCCACGCGCUCUCACUUUCUCUCCUUUCCCUCUUCUCCCUCGUCGUCGAGAUCCGCGUCGACGAUUCGCCAUCCCUCUUCAAAACCAGGCCAGGUGCUUCAUCAGGAAUAAUAUUAGGAGCAGUUACGUUGCCAACUGUAAUGCUAUCGAAAUUGAUCCAGCUUUCCAGAGCUGUCUCUUUGCAACAAAUUGAGAUUGGAGAGCUUGAACACAUGACAAUGCAAUUUUGGGCUGCAUCGGCUUGUAGCUGCGGUGUGCUUAUAUUCCUCUUCAUAGUUACAUGGUGUGCUGCCAACAACAAGAAUCCCCACUUCUCCUGUAGUGUUUGGGAUGCGAAGUUUAGCUUAAGCUGUGUCAUCUUAUAUUCAGCUGUUUGCUGUAUAUCACUUGCCACAAUAUCUCAUACUGGAUUUAACACAGCUUUAAAGUUACUGUGGUUGCUAUGUCAUGGAUUUGCAACAGUUAAAUUAAUUCAACAUCUUCUCUCUACAUUCCCAUUUUGUGCUUCAAUCGGGGAAGCAAAUCUGGUGACUUCAGGUCUUGUACUCUAUUUUGGUGACAUGCUGGCAUGUACUAUUUCAAAGGUUUGUAGAUUGUUGAUUCCACCAGAGUUGGUAUCCAUACGGUAUGGAAUUAAAAGAAGUGAGAUAGGUAUUGUUAUCCAGGGUGUGCUGCUUGGACUUCUUAUUUUUUCAGCAGUAUUUAAAUUUCUUAUCCACUUAUGGGAAUACUUCUGGGGAGCUAACAACUCUGAAUCGAGAGAAAGAAAAGAAAUUUGGAGAUCUCUUAUAUUUUUGACUUCCCUUGGAUUUAUCAUGAUUGCAGUUGCACCAUCUUGGAUGAUGAUUGUCCUAGAUUUUGAUGUACAUCCUGUACUAUGGAUAUUCCAGUUUAUAUUUUCGGAACCUUUUAAAAGACUUUCACUAUGUAUCUACUGGUUGGUUUUGAUAUAUGCAUCUGUCUUGAGGUUCUACCACAUUUCUAAGAAUAGUAAGAUUGAGAGGAUUCUUCUUCGGAAGUACUACCAUCUGCUGGCUGUUCUAAUGUUUUUGCCCGCUCUGAUUUACCAGCCAAAAUUUCUUGAUCUAGCAUUUAGUGCUGCUUUGGCUGUUUUCUUGGUAUUAGAGAUCAUUCGAGUUUGGAGAAUUUGGCCUUUAGGGCAACUUGUACAUCAAUUUAUGAGUGCCUUUACUGAUCAUCGUGACUCAGAUCUUAUCAUUGUCAGCCACUUUUCACUAUUAUUGGGAUGUGCACUUCCUAUCUGGAUGUCCUCUGGGUUCAAUGAUCGACCUCUUACCCCUUUUUCUGGAAUUUUAAGCCUUGGCAUUGGAGAUACGAUGGCAUCAAUGGUCGGCCACAAGUAUGGUGUCCUUAGGUGGAGCAAAACUGGCAAGAAAACUAUUGAAGGCACUGCAGCUGGUAUAACAUCUGUCCUUGCUGCUUGCUCUGUUCUGCUUCCACUUUUGGCAUCUACCGGUUACUUUCUAACUCAGCAUUGGUUCCCUAUUUUCAUAGCCGUGACCACAAGUGGUUUGUUGGAGGCCUACACAACGCAACUCGAUAAUGCUUUUAUACCACUAGUCUUCUACAGCCUUCUUUGUCUGUAAAUGCACACUUCGACCUUCAAAAAGAUACAGAAAUGGUUACAAACAAAUCCUUCCCCACAUGCUUCCAUUUGGACACUUUCUUAAAAGGAAAAAAAAAAUCAUUUAUUAGAAGCUACUAACCGCCGUCAGGGAAUCCCAAGAGCCUGUUGUAUGGCAUGCCAUUUGUAGUGUCAAAAUAAAAUAGAAAUGCUUGGAAGAUGAGGCAUCAAAAAGAGGUGAGUUGCAUAAAAUGAUUGGUUUGUAGAGUUAAAAGAUUGUUUAGUGCAACUUAUUACAUGAAUAGAAUUACUUUUACGUCAUAUAUUGUGUCAUUGUAAUAUUUUGAAAACAAUUUUUUCUAACAUUACUGUUAGUAUUUCUUCUUUUGGGAAUCUUGCUGCAAUCCACGAUCAUUUUAACAA